AUGAGUGCCAUCAGCUGGAACUAUAGGGGGCUUGGGAACCCCCUAACAGUUAAUGCGCUCCAAAAGGUGGUUUUGGAGAAAGAUCCCACGCUAGUCUUCCUCAUGGAGACUAAGUUCGACGUAUCGGAAAUGGAUGGUAUUAAACGGAAAAUAGAGAGGCAGCAAGGAUUAGUAGUCCCCAGUAUAAAACGGGCUGGCGGUCUAGCAUUGCUUUGGAAAAAUUCGCUGCAGGUAGACAUACUGACAUACUCUCCAAGGCACAUUGAUGCAAUAGUAACUGAAAAACAGGGGAUGAAAAAAUGGCGCUUCACCGACUUCUAUGGUCAUCCGGAAACAGGAAAACGGGCGAAGUCAUGGAAGUUGCUAGAGAAUCUUAGUCAGAGGAGCGACUUGCCAUGGAUUUGCAUGGGAGACUACAAUGAGAUAAUGUAUGCAAAAGAAAAGGAAGGUGGGGGUGCCAGACCGGAGGGCCAGAUGCGCAUUUUUCGUGAGGCGGUUAAUAGAUGCCAACUGAGAGACUUGGGGUAUAUGGGCUCAGAUUUUACAUGGAGCAGAAGAUUGGGAUGCAGGGGAUGGGUGCGUGAAAGGUUGGAUAGGGCUCUGGUAUCACCGAAUUGGGCUGCUGCAUUCCCAGUCGUGAGGCUCUUCCACGUGGCCACCUCGGUUUCAGACCAUAGCAUUCUUGUACUCAAGGAGUCAAGGCCCACAAGAAAACAAAGGAAGUGUUCCAAGGUGUGGCGGUUUGAAUCAAUGUGGCUAGAGGAUGAGAGAUGCAAUGAUGUGGUUCAUGAGGCUUGGGAAAGAGGUCGGUGUAAAGUCUCUCAGUGGCCUUUGGAAGUUUGCAUUGAGGAGUGCUGA